GUCGGACAUCAGCGUCUGGCGGUGACGUCAGCGACAGGGCGGGGCCGACAUUCCUCCUGCUGUCUACUUUUGUCUCUACGUGGAGGAGGCAGGACUGCGAGCUGGACGCUGUCUGGAAUUUUAGGCGCACCGACCUCCCACCUUUCUCUGACUGACCACCUCGGGUCAACCACAGAAACAUGACUGCAAAGAUAACAAAAGAGGAGAAGGAGGAGAUGACGGAAUCUUUUCGUAAAAUUGAUCUGGACGGCAAUGGAUUUGUCGAUGAUCAUGAGCUCCAUGAGCUCCUCAAAGAUGCCGGCCAUGCCCUACCUGGAUACAUGGUUAGAGAGAUCAUCCAGAAACUUGAUCGCAACAACGACAAUAAGAUCAGCUUCGAUGAGUUUCUGUCGAUCGUGCAGGAACUGAAGGACCUUGAAAUAUCAAAAACUUUUCGCAAGGCCAUCACCAGAAAAGAAGGCAUCCAGGCUAUUGGAGGGACGUCGGUGCAGUCAAGCGAAGGCACACAACACUCGUUCUCUGAGGAGGAGCAAUAUGCCUUUGUGAACUGGAUCAACUCCGCUCUGGAAAAAGACCCCGACUGCCAACAUGUCCUGCCCAUGGAUCCCAACACAGACUCCCUCUUCACAUCUGUCGGAGACGGUAUCGUACUCUGCAAAAUGGUUAACCUGUCGGUGCCAGACACUAUCGAUGAGAGGACCAUAAAUAAGAAGAAGCUGUCACCGUUUACCAUACAGGAGAAUCUGAACCUGGCCCUAAACUCUGCUUCUGCCAUUGGCUGCCACGUAGUGAACAUUGGUGCUUUAGACCUGAAAGAGGGGAAGCCCCAUCUGGUGCUGGGCCUGCUGUGGCAGAUCAUCAAGAUCGGUCUGUUCGCUGACAUCGAGCUCAGCAGAAAUGAAGCGCUGGCAGCAUUGCUAAGAGACGGGGAAACCCUGGAGGACCUGAUGAAGCUUUCUCCUGAAGAGCUGCUGUUGCGCUGGGCAAACUUUCACCUGGAAAAUGCUGGCUGGCAGAAGAUCAACAACUUCAGCUCUGACAUCAAGGACUCAAGGGCCUAUUUCCACCUCCUGAACCAAAUCUCUCCAAAAGGCACGGAGGAAGAUGAGCAGCGCAUAGACAUCAACAUGGCAGGCUUCAGCGAGAAAGAUGACGUGAAGAGGGCAGAGGCCAUGCUGCAGCAGGCCGACAGGCUCGGCUGUCGACAGUUUGUCACCUCAACUGACGUCGUCAGCGGAAACCCCAAACUUAACCUCGCCUUCGUCGCCAAUCUGUUCAACAAGUAUCCAGCGCUGACCAAACCUGAGAAUGAGGACAUUAACUGGGGACUGUUGGAGGGUGAGACACGAGAAGAGCGGACUUUCAGAAACUGGAUGAACUCUCUGGGAGUGAACCCACAUGUCAAUCAUCUGUAUGGAGACCUGCAGGACGCCAUGGUCAUCCUUCAACUCUAUGAGAAGAUUAAAGUGCCUGUUGACUGGAACAACAAAGUCAACAAGCCGCCUUACCCCAAACUGGGAACCAACAUGAAAAAAUUGGAGAAUUGUAACUAUGCAGUGGAACUGGGCAAAACGGCCAAGUUCUCCCUCGUUGGCAUCGGCGGGCAGGACCUGAAUGAUGGCAACCCUACCCUGACUCUGGCACUGGUGUGGCAGCUGAUGAGAAGAUAUACGUUGAAUGUACUGGAGGGACUGGGAGAUGGACAGAAAGUAAAUGAUGACAUCAUCGUGAAGUGGGUGAACAACACGUUGGCGGAAGCUGGAAAAACCUCCAAGAUUUCAAGCUUUAAGGACAAGGGGAUCAGCAGCAGUUUGGCUGUAGUGGAACUGAUAGACGCCAUCCAGCCCGGCAGCAUCAACUACGAGCUGAUAAAAACCGGCAGCCUCUCUGAAGACGACAAGCUGGAAAACGCCAAAUACGCCGUCUCUAUGGCGAGGAAGAUAGGAGCCCGCGUCUACGCUCUCCCAGAAGACCUUGUGGAGGUCAAGCCCAAAAUGGUGAUGACGGUCUUUGCCUGCUUGAUGGGUCGGGGGAUGAAUCGAGCCUAAGACACUGGCUGGGAUCAUUGUGACACUUACUUAAACCGCACAAGUCAUUUUGAAGAGCUCCCCCAAACCGAAGGAAUUAAGUUUUUGUUUUGUUUUUCAAAUGAGAAAAACACAUGCUGUCAAAAUCAGAAAUUUGCAUUCAUCAGUGUUUACUGAAGAAUAAUUCCCUCUUAUUUAAAGUGACUCCACGAUGCUAAAAGAGAUGGGUCUUGUGUUACAGAGGACAACUUGUUACUUUCAACGUUCAGAACUCUUGGUUAAUAUACAAGAAUGCUGUUUUUUAAAGCGAGUAUUCAUAUUUCCAGUUGCAAGGUUGUUUACAUAUUUUUACACAGACCGAUAAGUAAAUGAUAUCUUUGACUAAGCAACACACAUUCCUUACCAUACCAUACUUAUGAAUAAAUGCUUGACGAGGCUAAAAUAAAAAGUCAGAAGCGUGAUGUUUAGGUGGAGCACACUUCCAAAACAAAACGCCCAAACAUUGCUUCUCACUUAUUGAAGUACAAGCAUGUCUUAAUAACUGGCACCAUAAACUACAUAUCUGUAUACAGAAGCCAUACGGUCAAAUUAUAGUCAUGACCAGCCUGGCAAGCUGUCUGUAUUCUUGUACUCGUCAUUUGUUUGUUUGUUGGGAUUAUUACUCGAAGUAAAUGCUGAUUUUUGGGGCGUCUGGUCUUUGUUGUGUUGGACUUUUGUUUUUUGUUGUUUUGGUCUGUUACGGUAGAUGAGGAGCAGGCGGACUGGACUCCUGGCUUCUGCUGUGCCUUCUUCUUGUCUCAAAGACGACUUGUACUCUUUCGCUUUCAGGUUUUCCCUUUUUCCUCUUGUAUUCAACAUUACCAAAUAUAAACAGUAACUUCGUUCCAGGUAGUUUCAUGAUAUUCUAUGACAAUGGCCAAAUUGUAUUUGGUCUCACGUUCUUGUCUACUCUUAAAGUGCUUUACAUGUAACAAUAAAUAUGUAUUUGAAAGCUG